UCAGCAGUUGUAGCCUCCACAGCAAGCCUGUUCCAGCAAUGGCAGCGAUUUUUCUGCUGGUAACUUCUCUCAGCUAUAAAUAAUUUGUUCAUGCUUUUCUUUAUAAUUUGUCCAUCCGAAGUGUCAGUUCCUAUAUCUUCUACGGAGCUAGGGUUUUGUUGUGAACAGUUUGUUUGAAUCUGAAUUGCGACUGCAGAAGCAAUUUCGAGUCUGCAGUGAAUUAAAGAUGAUUGUGGAGGAUUAUUUCGAGGCCAUUUGCUAGGAAUCUACUGGAAUUAUGAGGUGAAUCUAACCAAAAGGGAAGAAAAAUGAGAACGAAGUGUAGGAUUUGGUGGCCAAAGUACCUUGCUUCAAGUGAACUCUCUUCUAGUCAUUUCUUGUUUGGUUGGUUCAUCUCUUGCUCUUCAGCUUCUAUUGAUAUCGUGGUAGCUUUCACUUGCAAUGACGUCUCGUUUUUCCAUUGGCAAUCUGGUAUCAAGGAGAUCCUCUGUGAUACAAAUGAGAACAUGCCUAUAUUGCUACAGGAGAAAUCAAUGUUUUCUUUGCUAGGUCAGGGUGCUGCAUACCUCGGUGGGGAUGGAAAAUUAUUGAAUGUUGGGCUGGAAGAAGAUAAUUGGAGAAAGCCCUCCAAGAAUAGCAUCUUGUCAACAGCAAACAGGCAGGAUGUAUUCAUAGAAAAUUAUGGAGGGAGGAGCUGCACAUGCCAUAAAAUUGACGAAUUAGUUGAACAAAGUUGUGAAGCUUCUGCUGAAGGCAGUUGCUGGAUCAAUCUGGUUUAUGAUUCUGGUGAACAAUAUGGUAGAGAUAUUUGUUGGCUUCCAAAAUUGCAUCACAUUCACUGGAAUGGGCAAGUAGUACCGCAAUUCAAUGUACACGUGAUAGUUUAUGAAACUCCUGUGUAUGGUAUGCACCAUUUCUCACUAAGUUCUUGGAUUUCUUCUGAGCAAGUGAAGGGUCCUCUGAAGAAACCCGAGUGGGUUGAUGAACUUGACAGGAGCCAGCCUCUAUUUGACUUGGAUACAAUCAUUUUGGCAAUCAACAGUGCUGCUGCUGCUAAAGCAGUGAUUGAGAAACGCAUGAACUCUAAGAGAUCUUAUGCUGGUUUUUCCAUUAUUCACGUGUGUCUUGCUUUCAUGUGGCAUGUAUUGGCUAUUUCUGUGGCGUCAAUUUCCACUCUAUUCUAUAUCACUAUUCAGUUGUUGUAUAGGUUUUCAAGUUUUGGAUCCAAAACACAGGUGUUCAUCUCAUUAGCAGGGAUAUUCAGCACUACGUGGACAAAUAGCCGAAUCCGUUUUUGUCAGAUCUUAUAUUGGCCUAUUUUUCUUCAAGACAAUGGCCUUAGGUAUCGAUCAUGUGUGGAAUAUGCAGAGAAAGCUGCAUUACUUAGGCAUUCUAUGUGGUCAAGUUUUGCUGUUGAUCUGCUUUUUGGAAACUUGCUAGGCCUGCUGCUGUUAUAUAAUGCUGACUCUGCUUGCUUAUGGGUUUCAACCUUUGCCAGUGACAUUACGAAUGAAUUGUUACGUUCAGGUUGUGUGUGGUUGAUGGGAGUGCCAGCAGGUUUCAAAUUGAAUACAGAGCUUGCCGGAGUUCUUGGCAUGGUUUCUCUUAACGUGAUACAAAUUUGGUCUACCCUCUGGAUCUUUGUCGGUUUCCUUUUUAUUUAUUUCAUCAAAGGACUUGCUCUACUGGGAAUUCUUUUUGGGGCUACUAUUCUCGCUGCUUUGAUCAUAGACAUGGUUGCACUGGCAACAUUACAUGUGUCAUCACUUCACUUUGCAAUGUCCCUCUUGUAUUCACAGCAGAUCCAGGCAUUAGCUGCUCUGUGGCGACUUUUCAGGGGUCGGAAGUGGAAUCCUCUUCGCCAGAGAUUAGAUAGCUAUAACUACACUGUAAAGCAGCACGUAGUUGGAUCCCUUCUGUUUACACCCCUUUUACUGUUGUUGCCAACAACUUCUGUUUUCUAUAUUUUCUUCACCAUUUUGAACACGGCCAUCACCUUUAUUUGUGUGUUGAUUGAAAUUACCAUAUCAAUGAUUCAUGGUACACCUUAUAUUAAAAUUUUACUUAGGUUGUUGAGGCAGAGAAGGUUUCCCUCUGGGAUAUGGUUUGAAAUUGUAUCUUGUCAUGGUAGUUAUCAGGAGUUUUCAUGUCUUCAUGGAGUCGGUUCAUCUUCUGAGAAUUCACAGCAAAAGGAUGCAGGCAAAGAGAGAUCUGGUUUUCUGGUCUCAAUUCUCCAUAGCAACUUCUUGAACAUAGAUAUAUAUCACAGGACAAGUAGUCUUGCCUCACUACAAGAAGAUUUUCUCUGGGGUUUCUGGUUUCGUCACCACAUCAGCUUAUGGAGCUCUUACCGGUAAAAAAACUGCAUCUACUUUGGGGACUGGCCUGCCUUCAGCAAUGCCAUGGAUGGUUAUCCCAAGCAGAGAAUAUUGGUGCCUCUGUUACAAUGCGAUUCUUGCAUGCAUGUCCCAACCUGACUCACACCCAUUGAUUUAAUUCUUCCGAACUCUUUUUUUUUUUUUUAAAUUACAUAUUUUUUACUGCAUCAGAAAGUUCUACAGACCUAUCUCUCAUGGCAGAUGAGUUCUGAUGGGUUGUUAUUGGUCUACGCAGAUGUUUUCAGGCUGUAAACACCUUGGCUUGUCUAUUUGAUUGUUUGUUGAACCAGCCAAAAUUUUCUUGUAGCCAAAACAGAAUUAGAGAACCCUUCUUUCGAUCUUGCCUUUUUUGCCACCCAUUUCAGUAGCAGAAUUAGAAAUUACCAUGGAAAAAAAAUUACAGUAGGCAUUUUUUAGCUCUUUAUGAAUUUAUUACCUGAAUUGUAGGCAAAGAUUAGAUGAAUUAUACAGUGGCUCAUCUUGGAAGGCUGGCUUUACCUUGUAGUAUCUGCAAAUUACCAAUUGUUUGUCUGAUUCUGAAUUGUUUUAAAGGAAAAGAGGAGUAAAUUUUGAAUUUACUUUAUUAA